AUGGCCCUCUCACAACCAACUGGUGACAUGGCCCUCUCACAACCAACUGGUGACAUGGCCCUCUCACAAGCAACUGGUGACAUGGCCCUCUCACAAGCAACUGGUGACAUGGCCCUCUCACAAGCAACUGGUGACAUGGCCCUCUCACAAGCAACUGGUGACAUGGCCCUCUCACAAGCAACUGGUGACAUGGCCCUCUCACAAGCAACUGGUGACAUGGCCCUCUCACAACCAACUGGUGACAUGGCCCUCUCACAAGCAACUGGUGACAUGGCCCUCUCACAAGCAACUGGUGACAUGGCCCUCUCACAAGCAACUGGUGACAUGGCCCUCUCACAAGCAACUGGUGAGAUGGCCCUCUCACAACCAACUGGUGACAUGGCCCUCUCACAAGCAACUGGUGACAUGGCCCUCUCACAAGCAACUGGUGAGAUGGCCCUCUCACAAGCAACUGGUGACAUGGCCCUCUCACAACCAACUGGUGACAUGGCCCUCUCACAAGCAACUGGUGACAUGGCCCUCUCACAACCAACUGGUGACAUGGCCCUCUCACAAGCAACUGGUGACAUGGCCCUCUCACAAGCAACUGGUGACAUGGCCCUCUCACAAGCAACUGGUGACAUGGCCCUCUCACAAGCAACUGGUGACAUGGCCCUCUCACAAGCAACUGGUGACAUGGCCCUCUCACAAGCAACUGGUGACAUGGCCCUCUCACAACCAACUGGUGACAUGGCCCUCUCACAAGCAACUGGUGACAUGGCCCUCUCACAAGCAACUGGUGAGAUGGCCCUCUCACAAGCAACAGGUGACAUGGCCCUCUCACAAGCAACUGGUGACAUGGCCCUCUCACAAGCAACUGGUGACAUGGCCCUCUCACAAGCAACUGGUGACAUGGCCCUCUCACAACCAACUGGUGACAUGGCCCUCUCACAAGCAACUGGUGACAUGGCCCUCUCACAAGCAACUGGUGACAUGGCCCUCUCACAAGCAACUGGUGACAUGGCCCUCUCACAAGCAACUGGUGACAUGGCCCUCUCACAAGCAACUGGUGAGAUGGCCCUCUCACAAGCAACUGGUGACAUGGCCCUCUCACAAGCAACUGGUGAGAUGGCCCUCUCACAACCAACUGGUGACAUGGCCCUCUCACAAGCAACUGGUGACAUGGCCCUCUCACAAGCAACUGGUGACAUGGCCCUCUCACAAGCAACUGGUGACAUGGCCCUCUCACAAGCAACUGGUGACAUGGCCCUCUCACAACCAACUGGUGAGAUGGCCCUCUCACAAGCAACUGGUGACAUGGCCCUCUCACAACCAACUGGUGUCAUGGCCCUCUCACAAGCAACUGGUGACAUGGCCCUCUCACAAGCAUCUGGUGACAUGGCCCUCUCACAACCAGCUAGUGACAUGGCCCUCUCACAACCAACUGGUGACAUGGCCCUCUCACAACCAACUGGUGAGAUGGCCCUCUCACAAGCAACUGGUGACAUGGCCCUCUCACAACCAACUGGUGACAUGGCCCUCUCACAACCAACUGGUGAGAUGGCCCUCUCACAAGCAACUGGUGACAUGGCCCUCCUACAGGCUUACUGA